AGGAAUAUUUGAGAAGCAACCAUGUCGUCCAAUUUUGGUGAUCUUAACAGUAUUCCUACCACUGGUGCCUCACCUGAAACUGGCCGUCAAGAUGGGCAAAAAAUUUCUGGUAUACCUGCAUCUGAAGCAUUGGCAGCAACAGAUCUGCAAAGGGUGAUGAAGUACAAGGAGAAGAUUCAAUCUGUGGCUGGGAAAACUGGUGUGGACUCAGCUAUCAUUGGAGGGAUCAUGUCUCGUGAAUAACGUGCUGGGAAUGUUUUAGAUGCCAAUCAAUGGGGAGAUCAUGGCAAUGCUUUUGGGUUGAUGCAGAUCGACAAAAGAUGGCAUUCUCUUCGAGGAGCAUGGGACAGUGAAGAGCAUAUUUUACAGGCUACAUAAAUACUGUGUUCUAUGUUUUGGGACAUCAAGAAAAAAUUUCCAAGCUGGUCAGCAAGCCAAACUAUGAAAGGUGCUUUGGCAGCAUACAACAUGGGUCCAGGGAACGUCAAUAGUUUUGAUGCUGUCGACAGUCGUACAACUGGCAAGGACUACUCCAAUGAUAUCGUUGCACGGGCAAAGUUUUACAACAAAUUAAAAUAUAAUCUCAAUCUCCUCCAUGCAGACCCAAACUGGAAAGGCUCCAACACUUAA